CGACUCGGGAACCAGGGCAUCAGCGGAGAUAGCAGGCUUUACUUCGCCCUCUCAGGCUAACUCGCUUUGGGCUUUGGUUCAGAAUGGACACCUCUUCGAUUUCUCGGAGCCGACGAUGCUCCAUCAUGCGCAACUGCAAAAGCGGUCUCUCUCUCUGGCUGGUGGUGUGGCUGGUCCUCGGCAAGCCAAGUCCGGCAUCGGCGUGCCCGCACCUGUGCGUGUGCUACCCGAGCCCCAUGACUGUUAGCUGCCAGGCGCAGAACUUCACCGCCGUCCCGGUCGGAGUGCCCUAUGAAUCGCAGCGCGUUUUCCUCCAGAAUAACCGGAUCACGGAGCUUAGAGUUGGCUCUUUUGGCUUCGGGACUCAGGUCCUGUGGCUGUUCUCUAACAACAUCACGUGGAUAGAAGCUGGGGCCUUUAGUGAGCUGAGGGACUUGGAGGAGUUGGACUUGGGGGAUAACCCCAGCCUCCACAGGCUGGAGGGGGGAGCCUUCCGCGGCCUUGAGAAACUCCAGAGCCUCCACAUGCACCGCUGCCGGCUCACUGCCCUGCCCCAUGACAUCUUCCACAAGCUUUACAGCCUGCAGUUCCUCUACCUGCAGGAGAAUAAUCUUCACUUCCUGCAGGAUGACAUUUUUUCUGACCUCAUUAACCUGAGCCAGCUUUUCCUGCAUGGCAACCGUAUUCGCACUCUCUCAGAGAAUGUGUUCCGCGGCCUGGUCAACCUUGACCGUCUUCUCCUCCACGACAACCGCAUCAGGCAGGUGAACCGCCGCGCCUUUCGUGACCUCGGCCGCCUGACCAUGCUCUUUCUCUUUAACAACUCCCUGGCUGAGCUGCCCAGUCAGACCCUGAGGGACACGCAGGGCAUCGAGUUCCUCCGCCUCAACGCCAAUCCUUGGUCCUGUGGCUGCGAGGCCCGCCCCCUGUGGGAGUGGUUCCGUGAGGCCCGUGUCUCUUCAUCUGAGGUUAUCUGCGCCUCCCCUUCCACCCGCCGCAACCAGGACCUCCGCUUCCUUCGCGAGAUGGACUUUGCCCUCUGCCCCCUGCCUGACCCUGGCUCCAUUGCAGGCUCCACCACCACCACCUUCAGCACCAAAACCCGAUGGUGGUUCCACAAGAACAAGCCCCAGUCAUCCACGAAAGGUGUGUUUGAGAAAGCCUCAGAGACUGUCAAAGCUGGUUUGUAUGGGAAAGGCCCAUCCACAACCACCUCAGUAGUCAAGUACGAGUUGGGAGAGGAGGAGCUGGCGCUGCCCAAACUUGAUGCAGAAGAGUACUGGGCAAACUACGGCAACGAAGACUCGGGUGUCACCCUGCGAUGCUUCGAGCUCGAAUGUCCACCUGAAUUCGACCUGCCUCCAUCUUCCUCUUCUCCCUCAUCCACCUCGCCGUCUCUCCUCACCCUACAAGCCCUUUCUGUUUUCAGCCUCUGCCUCAAUCUCCACCUGAUAUUUGGCUGAAUCUGACUCUUAGUACAACACCCUUUUCCCUUCCAGCCUGUUAUAAGGCUGUGAGGAUACCUGUUAGACUCUACACCCCCUUUGCCCGCUUUGCUGUAAGCCAAUCCUCAAGGCCCAGCGAGGGAGAUGGGGGGACGGUUAGAAUCUGAAUCUACCACCUACAGGGCUUAAUACUUUUCAGAGCUGAUAAGAGUUCUUCAGCUAAAGUUAUAUACAUCUACAAUACUCUACAGGUAUGGCUUUCUGUGUCUCACCUGUAUGGUGUCACGUUAUGAUUCCCUGCAAUCAGGGCGAUGAGGGCUGAGUCCAUCACUAAUAUCAGUGCAAUUUGAUAGCAGUUGUGAAUGAUGUUGUCAAUUUUGUCACCUCAACUUAGUUAUAACUACUAUUACUAUUACUGCACCCAAUUAACUGGCUGCUACGAAUACUACAGUUACUGUUAGAAUCAGUGCACAGUAAUGACAUCACUGUAACCACUUAAAGUGUCAUGUAAAUAGGUAUAUAUUUUUGUGAUAUCUGAUAUGUGUGGUCCAGUGCAAUCACUUUCAUCUUGAUCCAGGAGAGAGAGUUUCUACAGGACAGAGCACAGUAAGGCUGAUAGUUUACUAUAAGACAAUAUACUGUGAAGCUGGGAGGAAAAGAGAAAGACAGUGCAGUGCAGGGACAUCAACGGAAAAGGACGGGUGGUAAGGAAAGAGACAAGAAGAGGAAAGGAGGGGAGGGGAAUUUCAACGAAACAGGAUUAGAAAGAGGAAGAGUAAAAAGGAGGAAGGAGGGGGAAGGUGUUCAUGCAGCAAUAAGAAAAGAGGCAGUGAGAAUAGAGUGAGACACUGAGAGGGAUAGUGCUGACAGUAGAAGCAACAACCUGCAGAAGAAAAGUAAUAAAUCCACUGAUCAGUGGUUGUUCCAUCCAUUUGACUCACACCAUUUUCUGUCAACGUGGUGUCGUUUGAGACAACCACUGGGAAAGAAUGCUUCCUGUCAGGAAGCCAGAGAUUUUGGUUUUUGGAUGUCUUUCUGUGACAUAUUGAUAUACUGUGUGAAGAUUGUUGACUUUGAUGCAGAAGAUCUUGAUAAAAAAAAUACACUGAA